UGAAGCGACACCCGCGCGGACACCUGGGCGUCCACGUGCGCGCGAAGCCGCCCUCGGCGCCAGGUGGCACGCAGCUGCGGGCUCGCGAAGGCCUGCCCGGAGGUGUGGGCGCGCGGGUUGCGCGUGCGGAGGGGAGGAAGAGCAGCGCUUGCCUGUUAGAAAAGGGGAAGUGAUGUUGCGCUGACGGAGAAGCAAGAAAGAGUUCGGACGGCAGCGCUGCGAAGUUGACGAACGGAACGCUGUUUACGCUCAGCUUGACCAGAACUGACUGAGGUCAAAACUAGUCACUCACUAUGUCUGAUGGGGACUAUGAUUACCUCAUCAAAUUUCUAGCCCUGGGUGACUCUGGAGUGGGCAAGACCAGCUUCCUGUGUCAGUACACGGAUGGAAAGUUCAACUCUAAAUUCAUUACCACAGUGGGAAUAGACUUCAGAGAGAAAAGAGUGGUGUAUAAAUCCAACGGACGUGAUGGAGCCCCAGGGAGGGGCCAGAGGAUUCAUAUCCAGCUGUGGGACACUGCAGGGCAGGAGAGGUUUCGGAGUUUAACAACUGCUUUCUUCCGGGAUGCCAUGGGUUUUCUUCUCCUAUUUGACCUCACAAAUGAGCAGAGCUUCCUCAAUGUCCGGAACUGGAUGACUCAGCUGCAGACGCAUGCAUAUUGUGAGAACCCUGAUGUUGUGCUCUGCGGGAACAAAUGUGAUCUAGAUGAUGAAAGGAUGGUCAAGGAACGGGAGGCCAAGGAGCUGGCAGAGAAAUUUGGAAUUCCAUACUUUGAGACAAGUGCUGCAACUGGGCACAAUGUGAGCCAGGCUGUAGAGCUCCUGUUGGACCUCAUCAUGAAGAGGAUGGAACGCUGCGUAGACAAGUCCUGGAUGCCGCAGGGUUUGGCGCAGCCCAAUGGGCAUGGUGUGGCCGAGAAGCUUCCGGAGGAGGAGGAGUCCAACACGGGCAAAUGUAGCUGCUAGCACAGCUUCCUGUUCCUUGCCCAUUACCUGUUCUCUAGCAUUAUAUAUAGUGAGAGUGGGGAUAGAAAUUGAGGUAAAUGGGUGUGGGGAGGUGGGCUCCAUCACCUUGUAACCAAAUGCAACACUGGACCUUUUUUUUUUAUUUUUUUUUUUUUUUUAAAUAAACACAGAAUAGUUUUGAGUGGCAUCACUGAAAAUGCACAUUUGCCUACUGUAUAUGUCUUCAUUUUGAGGCCAAGGAUUUGGGUAGGUGGGUAUACCUAUGCUAUACUACUGUACACUUUAGUUUUAGCCAUUGUUCCGUUAAGUGUUUUACUGUAACAUAUCUGAAAAGGUCUUCAGUUAAGAAAAUACAUAUUUGAUCACAAAUGUUAGUUUAAAAACAAUAGCAUUCAUACAUUUGUAUAUGUGUACUGUUGAAUGAAAAUAAAACAACGUGUGAAGAUUAACAUAAUGAGAUGCAUUUUCACAUGAUUUGGCAAGUUUGUUGCUUAAAACUGUCAACUUCUGUGUCAUUGGAGUUUUUUUAGUUAUUGCAUUACCUGUAUUGUAUUUCACGCAACCACAGUGUCAUGUGUUUAAGUCUUGAUGGUUUGCUUUGUCAACAUAACCCUAUGAAAUGAUUCGAGGAAGUCCUGAGAGUGCGACUAUGACUCCUAUAAGGUAUGGCCACUUGUGCUUGUAGGUAUCUAUUCUGUUUGCAUCACUAAUGUGGCAGAUUGCUUUAGGGUGUGAUGAGAGGGAUGUGUCUCUCCCAACAUGGAUGAAUGUCUGCAAAGAUCAUGUACGAAAAUGCUUCUAAACAUAUUGUUCCAUUUGUUUUUCUUAACACUGUAUUCAUGCAAUAACAAUCAGUGCCAAAUAUGUAGAAAUUUAUCCUUUAUUAAAAUAUUUUAUUUAUUAAA